UCACUGGCUCCCGCAUGAGCUUCAUUUUCUUGCUGUGAUCCUGCCCUUGUUACGCACGUCUUUUUGAACCGUAGGUACCUAUCUUCUCACGAUGGCACGCAAGAGCAAGUCUCGCGCGGCUCCGCCCCGAAGCGAGUCUCCCGAUUCCCUUCGCGAGAGCGAGUCGCCGGAAUCUCGUCGUGCAAGCGAGUCUCCCGAGCCUCCUAUCCCAGAGAGUGACCUUUACGAAAUCCUUGGUGUCUCCAACGAUGCGACCGCCGACCAGAUUAAGUCGGCCUAUCGGAAACAAGCUCUGAAGCACCAUCCUGACAAGGUCCCCGUGGAAGAGCGUGAUGAAGCAAACAAGAAGUUUCAGCAGAUUGCCUUCGCCUAUGCCAUCCUCUCCGACGCGAAACGCCGCGAGCGAUACGACCUGACCGGCAGCACCAGUGAAGCGGUCGACAUCGACGAUGAUUUCAACUGGGCGGACUUCUAUCGCGAGCAGUUCUCCAGUGCGAUCGAUACCAACGCUAUUGAAAAGCUGAAGCAGGAGUAUCAGGGCUCGGAGGAGGAAGAGCGGGAUUUGCUGGCGGCGUAUGAGACUUACCGGGGAGAUUUGGAUAAGGUCUACGAGUCCGUGAUGCUCUGUAAUGUAAUGGAUGACGACGAGCGCUUUCGAGGGAUCAUCGACCGGGCCAUCGCCGCGGGGCGUGCAGAGAAACACAAGAGCUACGUUGAGGAGCCAGCCAAGAAGCGCGAGCGGCGUUUGAAACGGGCACAGAAAGAGGCCAAGGAGGCGGAGGCGUUGGCAGCGGAGGUCGAGGAGAAGCAGUCGGCUAAGAAUGGCAAGGGCGGCAAGCAGACCAAGACCAAGAAGAAGAACGAUGGUGCUGCGGGGGACAACGAGCUGAUGAGGAUGAUCCAGCAACGACAGGCCACGCGGGCGGCGGCGUUCUUUGACCGAUUGGAAGAGCAGUACGUGCAACCCGGUCGCAAGCGGGCGGCCAAGAUGGACGAGCCCCCAGAGGAAGCCUUUGCAGCUACUGCGGCGCGAAAGACCGGAGCCAAGAAAAAAAGAAAAACAGAUGCCUAGAACUGAUGGACGGGGGAGGAGCGGUCGGAUCCUUUGUUUUCUUUCUGCUUUGCAUCAUGUUCUUUCUGGGCGUUGAAAAUGCAUCCUCCGAUACGGAGUACACUGGUGAAAUUGGGGCGUUGGGUCUGUCCAUUCUGUUUUUGAUAUGUCAAUCAUCAAGCCAACAUCCAUCGUGGGUGGAAGAGAGCUACCUGUUUUGUGUUGCGUUUCCUUUUUUUUUGGUUUUCCUUUUUUUGGCUUUUUUCGCUACCAUGCAUGCAUUAAUGCUUUUUUGUUCGGCAUCUGGAAUGACACCGAAUGUAACAUCAGGGACGAGGGCAGUAGUGAAGUCGAAAAU